GGCUCAUGUCGGGGACACUACACACACACACACAAACAACGAUGGCCGACAACCAGCAGCAGCAGCCCGUCUCCUACACUUGCUGCACCCCGUUAAAGAGGGAAAGCAUUGUGCGGAUGAUGAUGGUGAGCCAGAAGAAUGCCGACGGUGGACAACAACGGCAGUCCGUCUCGCUGGUGAUGGUGUCGGCCAAAGGGCGCGUGGCCGUCUACGACGUGGCCUUGAAGCUGGCCGCGGCUUUCACGCUUCGUCUCAGCUCCGCUCCAGUAGCCAGCAUUAAGGCUCCAUUAUCCAUCCCGUCAGCAGCGUCUGGAACGUCAGCCAACAGCAGGCCAAACGCUCCUGCUGCUGCUGCUCCUUCAACAGCCAUCUCCUACAAUGACGGUUCCAGUCAAAAGAAGGUACAUCUGAGCGGCUGGAUCACCGACUGCGUUCACAUGGACGAAUUCAAUUCACUGGUGGUGGCAUCAAGCGGACGAUGUCUGCACUUUUUUACCACUGUCGUAACUCCUUUUGUCGAGCGCUUUCGUCUGGAUGGCAUGAAAGAUAUUCCGACUUCACUGGCGUACAUGGCGCCCGUCACAACAGGCCGUUCGGAACCUUUACUGGGUGUCGGCGAUGAUGAAGGCGACGUCUUCGUGCUCCGAUUCUUGAAAGCUUCAACUUCUUUAUUCAAGAAACGGGAAGCUGAUCACGAAAUUCAACACAUCUACUGGCGAGAGUUGCACCUGCAGGCGGGAAUGGUGACGCUCACAAUUAUGCCCGGCUGCCACGACAGCCCCAUACUGCAGGUGGACUUAAAGAGGACGAUGUUGAGGGUGAUUUCUUGCAGCAAGAACUCCACCACAUCGUUAGUCAUACGUCACUUGCGUCCCCAAUCCGGAGGAAUGGAUACACUGCCGUCCGUCACUCUCCGUACAAGCCCGGGAGUCACGUGCUUCGAUUACGACGACGAAAAGGGUUUGAUAGUGUCGGGCAGUACCGACGGCAACAUCCGUCUGUGGAGUCCUACUCAUUUGGCCAAGCCGUGGAUGGUUCUGAGCGGACACGCCGCCACCAUAGCGGCCGUUUGCUUGGUAAAGCAAUCGGAAUUCCUGUGGAGCCUCUCCGAUCAAGCUGAGCUACGUUACUGGGAUCUCAACCAAGGGAAAUGCGUCAACACGAUCCAGUUGGCCUUCAGCACCGGAAACAAGGGGGAUCGAGUUCAGUUCAGUUGUCAGAGGCCACUCCUGGCGUCCAAACAUGUGCUGUACGUGGUUUGCGGGGAUUCAGUAGCAACCGUUCACUUGAGCCGGUCACCUCUCGACGGACACGGUCCCCGGAUUGUCGAAGCUCUACUGGGCAGAACCGAGGAUUCCGAAGGAGCUGCAAUUGGCGCUGAAAGUAAAAUCCCGUAUCGAUUUCGUGAGGAUCUUCUGGAUUUCGGCUACCACGGAGAGGACGACGUCUUCAACAAAUUUAUAACAGACUUGAAAAAGAUCUUUGCUGACUCGGUCACUGCAACUCAGAGGCUGAAGGAAGUGGAAUGGGCCGGGGUUAAAUCAUUGGUAAAGUCAUCAACAGAAGAGCCUGGGCCGGUGUAUGAGUGGGAAGUGGAAUUAGCCAAAGUGCCUGCAGUACCUCCUCAGCUAGUGCCACUAAAUCAGAUAAAGCUGAAAGAGUUGGAGGGCAAGGAGAUCAUGAAGAAACAUGUGAAAGAUGGAACUCCUUUCUGUGGCUUGAGACUGCACGAGCCAACUCAAAUUGAGCUUCCCAAGGGUCUGCCUGUGACAGGGAGAAUGAAAAAGCAUGGAAUUAAAUCUUUGUCCUCACUCAAGGAAGUCAGGGAGGCAAAUUUCAACCUCUUUAGUGAUCAGAUGCAAAGCCUUUCAUCAGCAAGGACUAGCCUUCUCAGUUCGGUUCUUUCAUACUACAAAAAGAAGAGGGUAGGUGACAAGGCCACAAUGGCUGGUGAAGGAGAUUUACUCAUGGUGUCUGCGAGAUCUCAACAAUCUAGUCGAAAGUCUAGUGUAGCAUCAAGUCUAUCUCCAUAUUCGUCAGCCGCUAGUGUGGAUGAGUGA